UCUCUUUUGUUUCUCAAUGGACCCAUCUCUUUUUCUCGCUUUCUAUUGAAAGCUUUACACUAUUACAAUGAGAGUUAUCAUUAUUAAAAUAAGAACGUAGUAGUAAUAUAAAUUAACGAAUGAUUACUUUUGUUUCUGAUUCAACACUAAAAAAAGAGAGAGAAGAGAUCUUGUUCAAAAAUAAUAAUACUAAUAAUAAUCUCUCUCACUUUUUCGUUUGCUAUAGUAGUAAUAUAGCGUGACUGCUUAUAGUUUUCCAAUGGCCUGCUUACAGCCUUUUAGUCUCAAAUGUUAGCUCUCAAACAGGCACAAAGCACCACCACCUUUGCUACUGCGACCUUUUGAAUAUCUCCUGAAUCUCUUCCCCUUUUCCCUCUCUAAGGUUAAAAGAAACGAUUAUUAUAGAAGCAGAUUCAAAGUCGUCUCCUUAGCUUUUACCCUCUAACUCCAAUUCCCCCACUCCCAAGCAAUCUUUUGAUUUCUCCUUCUCUUUCCUUGCAAAAAUACCUCAUCAUCAACGUACAAACCCGGUUAAAAACAUGGUUCCCUUUUCCCUCGUUUCGACGUUAAUAAUAGUGGUUUUAUUUUCUUUCUCUAUCAUCCAUCACUCUCUCGCCAGUUUUCUUGCUCAACCGGUCUCAGGUCACGAUCAGCCGUUAAAACCUGGAGACUACUCGUCCCCAAACACGGUCCCCGCAUUUCCAGUUCAAACCCAAGCUCAACUUUGCCUGCUCGACCUGUCAGCCGAGCUAUUCGGCGGCGUCAGCGACGCCUGCGGCCGCAACCUGGACAGGAGCCGCUGCUGUCCCGUGUUAGCUGCUUGGCUCUUUGCUGCUCACGCCAGGUAUGCUUUGGAGGUCUCGACUCCGGCUCCGGCGGAAUCGGAGCAGCCAGAACAGCCCAUGAGGCCAGAUGAUUUGCAGAAUUGCGUGAACUCGUUGCAAAAUGCAUUGUUAAGCAAGCGCGUGACGAUUCCUCAGCCAAAUGCGAGUUGCGAUGCAAUUCUAUGUUUUUGUGGGAUAAGGCUACAUCAGAUUAGCUCCUUGAGUUGCCCUGCUGCGUUUAAUGUUUCCGGGUUCCGAAACGCGACACCGACUGCUGCCAUAAAGAAUUUGGAGAGGAAUUGCAGGAACUCUUCUUAUGCUGGGUGUACAAAAUGCCUUGGUGCUCUUCAAAAGCUUAAAGGUGGAUACGACAAGAACGGAACAGAAGACAGGGGCACGAGCGAGAGAGCCAGCAAGAUGUUCAACCGAGACUGCCAACUUAUGGGGCUGACAUGGCUCCUUGCACGCAACAAAACGGCGUACAUACCCACCGUUUCAGCCGUACUGCGGGCCUUAAUGUACAGUGCGCACCCUCACGAGUCCAAGUGCAGCCCAGAUCAAGAGAACAUGCCCUUAGCCGUUGAUUCUCUGCAGUUCGAGAAGGCCCAGUCGCCUGCACCGCCACCACCCUCGCGGGGAACUUUUAUGUACCCGGUUUUGUCCCUUAUCAUUUUGGUUUCACUUUUUGGAUAGCGUCGGAAGUGGCAUAUUGGUUUUGCCAAUUGCCUCUUACUAAACUUCGCCGUCCUCUGAGACUGUCGGGGAUUCACGUGAAGCUUUUAGAGCUAGCAGACAAUCAGAAACGGGCUAAUGCAGGGUCGUUUUUGUCUUUUUUGCCCACUGUAAAUUUCAGCUCGUUUUCAGAUUUGUUUGACAUUAUGCAGCUUUCGAGGUCGAGGACGCGGAGCAGCUUUAUAUAAUAUAGUUAACCUGUGCCAUUUCUUCAUGCCAUUUACCACUAUUCCUUGAAUUUGCCUUCAUCACUUU